AUGAAGGACGAAAUAAAACAAGAACUGGCGCAUUUCAAAACGGAGAUUAACCAGAAGCUUCUGAAUAUUACUGCGGAUAUUCGAAACCAAGGCACGCGUCUGGCGGAAUCUGAACAGCGUUUUGGUGAACUCGAAUCUGCGAACAAGGAUCUAAGAGACGCGCUCCUACACUCGGACGGCCCACGCGUCUACAAGGCGGCGAAAGAGGCGGCGGAGGACGCGAGGAAGAGGGGCCUUUCUGUGGAGAUCCCCCGCUCUUCGGCUACGGACUGGGAGCAGACCACACUGGGGCCUCACACUGGGGCCUCACUCAGACCACACUGGGCCUCACUCAGACCACACUGGGCCUCACUCAGACCACACUGGGGCCUCACUCAGACCACACUGGGGCCUCACUCAGACCACACUGGGGCCUCACUCAGACCACACUGGACCUCACUCAGACCACACUGGGGGCCUCACUCAGACCACACUGGGCCUCACUCAGACCACACUGGGCCUCACUCAGACCACACUGGGGCCUCACUCAGACCACACUGGGGCCUCACUCAGACCACACUGGGGCCUCACUCAGACCAUACUGGGGCCUCACUCAGACCACACUGGGCCUCACUCAGACCACACUGGGGCCUCACUCAGACCACACUGGGGCCUCACUCAGACCACACUGGGGCCUCACUCAGACCACACUGGGGCCUCACACUGGGGCCUCACUCAGACCACACUGGGGCCUCACUCAGACCACACUGGGGCCUCACUCAGACCACACUGGGGCCUCACACAGACCACACUGGGCCUCACUCAGACCACACUGGGGCCUCACACUGGGGCCUCACUCAGACCACACUGGGCCUCACUCAGACCACACUGGGGCCUCACUCAGACCACACUGGGCCUCACUCAGACCACACUGGGGCCUCACACUGGGCCUCACUCAGACCACACUGGGGCCUCACUCAGACCACACUGGGGCCUCACUCAGACCACACUGGGGCCUCACUCAGACCACACUGGGCCUCACUCAGACCACACUGGGGCCUCACUCAGACCACACUGGGCCUCACUCAGACCACACUGGGGCCUCACUCAGACCACACUGGGGCCUCACUCAGACCACACUGGGGCCUCACUCAGACCACACUGGGCCUCACUCAGACCACACUGGGGCCCCACUCAGACCACACUGGGGCCUCACACUGGGGCCUCACUCAGAUCACACUGGGGCCUCACUCAGACCACACUGGGGCCUCACUCAGACCACACUGGGCCUCACUCAGACCACACUGGGGCCUCACACUGGGGCCUCACUCAGACCACACUGGGGCCUCACUCAGACCACACUGGGGCCUCACUCAGACCACACUGGGCCUCACUCAGACCACACUGGGGCCUCACUCAGACCACACUGGGGCCUCACUCAGACCAUACUGGGGCCUCACUCAGACCACACUGGGCCUCACUCAGACCACACUGGGGCCUCACUCAGACCACACUGGGGCCUCACUCAGACCACACUGGGGCCUCACUCAGACCACACUGGGGCCUCACACUGGGGCCUCACUCAGACCACACUGGGGCCUCACUCAGACCACACUGGGGCCUCACUCAGACCACACUGGGGCCUCACACAGACCACACUGGGCCUCACUCAGACCACACUGGGGCCUCACACUGGGGCCUCACUCAGACCACACUGGGCCUCACUCAGACCACACUGGGGCCUCACUCAGACCACACUGGGCCUCACUCAGACCACACUGGGCCUCACUCAGACCACACUGGGGCCUCACACUGGGGCCUCACUCAGACCACACUGGGCCUCACUCAGACCACACUGGGGCCUCACACUUGGGCCUCACUCAGACCACACUGGGGCCUCACUCAGACCACACUGGGCCUCACUCAGACCACACUGGGGCCUCACUCAGACCACACUGGGGCCUCACUCAGACCACACUGGGGCCUCACACUGGGCCUCACUCAGACCACACUGGGGCCUCACUCAGACCACACUGGGGCCUCACACUGGGGCCUCACUCAGACCACACUGGGCCUCACUCAGACCACACUGGGGCCUCACACUUGGGCCUCACUCAGACCACACUGGGGCCUCACUUAGACCACACUGGGGCCUCACUCAGACCACACUGGGGCCUCACUCAGACCACACUGGACCUCACUCAGACCACACUGGGGCCUCACUCAGACCACACUGGGGCCUCACACUGGGCCUCACUCAGACCACACUGGGGCCUCACUCAGACCACACUGGGGCCUCACUCAGACCACACUGGGGCCUCACUCAGACCACACUGGGGCCUCACACUGGGCCUCACUCAGACCACACUGGGGCCUCACUCAGACCACACUGGGGCCUCACUCAGACCACACUGGGGCCUCACUCAGACCACACUGGGGCCUCACUCAGACCACACUGGGCCUCACUCAGACCACACUGGGGCCUCACACUUGGGCCUCACUCAGACCACACUGGGGCCUCACUCAGACCACACUGGGGCCUCACUCAGACCACACUGGGGCCUCACUCAGAUCACACUGGGGCCUCACUCAGACCACACUGGGGCCUCACUCAGACCACACUGGGGCCCCACUCAGACCACACUGGGGCCUCACUCAGACCACACUGGGCCUCACUCAGACCACACUGGGGCCUCACACUGGGGCCUCACUCAGAUCACACUGGGGCCUCACUCAGACCACACUGGGGCCUCACUCAGACCAUACUGGGGCCUCACUCCGACCACACUGGGGCCUCACUCAGACCACACUGGGGCCUCACUCAGACCACACUGGGGCCUCACACUGGGGCCUCACACUGGGGCCUCACUCAAACCACACUGGGGCCUCACUCAGACCACACUGGGGCCUCACUCAGACCACACUGGGGCCUCACUCAGACCACACUGGGCCUCACUCAGACCACACUGGGGCCUCACUCAGACCACACUGGGGCCUCACUCAGACCACACUGGGCCUCACUCAGACCACACUGGGCCUCACUCAGACCACACUGGGGCCUCACUCAGACCACACUGGGGCCUCACUCAGACCACACUGGGGCCUCACUCAGACCACACUGGGGCCUCACUCAGACCACACUGGGGCCUCACUCAGACCACACUGGGCCUCACUCAGACCACACUGAACCAGAGGACAGGGACCAGAGGACAGGGACCAGAGGACAGGGACCAGAGGACAGGGACCACAAGACAGGGACCAGAACCAGAGGACAGGGACCAGAGGACAGGGACCAGAGGACAGGAACCAGAGGACAGGGACCGGAGGACAGGAACCAGAGGACAGGGACCACAAGACAGGGACCACAAGACAGGGACCAGAACCAGAGGACAGGGACCAGAGGACAGGAACCAGAGGACAGGGACCAGAAGACAGGGACCAGAACCAGAGGACAGGGACCAGAGGACAGGGACCAGAGGUCAGGGACCAGAGGACAGGGACCAGAGGACAGGAACCAGAGGACAGGGACCAGAGGACAGGGACCAGAGGACAGGGACCACAAGACAGGGACCAGAGGACAGGGACCACAAGACAGGGACCAGAGGACAGGAACCAGAAGACAGAAACCAGAGGACAGGAACCAGAGGACAGGGACCAGAGGACAGGGACCAGAGGACAGGGACCAGAGGACAGGAACCAGAGGACAGGAACCAGAAGACAGAAACCAGAGGACAGGGACCAGAGGACAGGGACCAGAGGACAGGGACCAGAGGACAGGGACCAGAGGACAGGGACCAGAGGACAGGAACCAGAAGACAGGGACCAGAGGACAGGGACCAGAGGACAGGGACCAGAGGACAGGGACCAGAGGACAGGGACCAGAGGACAGGGACCAGAGGACAGGAACCAGAGGACAGGGACCAGAGGACAGGAACCAGAGGACAGGGACCAGAGGACAGGGACCAGAGGACAGGGACCAGAGGACAGGGACCAGAGGACAGGGACCAGAGGACAGGGACCAGAGGACAGGAACCAGAGGACAGGAACCAGAAGACAGAAACCAGAGGACAGGGACCAGAGGACAGGGACCAGUGGACAGGAACCAGAGGACAGGAACCAGAGGACAGGGACCAGAGGAUAGGAACCAGAGGACAGGGACCAGAGGACAGGGACCAGAGGACAGGAACCAGAAGACAGGAACCAGAGGACAGGGACCAGAGGACAGGAACCAGAGGACAGGGACCAGAGGACAGGGACCAGAAGACAGGGACCAGAGGACAGGGACCAGAGGACAGGGACCAGAGGACAGGGACCAGAGGACAGGAACCAGAGGACAGGGACCACAAGACAGGGACCAGAGGACAGGGACCAGAGGACAGGAACCAGAGGACAGGGACCAGAGGACAGGGACCAGAAGACAGGAACCAGAGGACAGGGACCAGAGGACAGGGACCAGAGAACAGGGACCAGAAGACAGGGACCAGAGGACAGGGACCAGAGGACAAGAACCAGAGGACAGGGACCAGAGGACAGGGACCAGAGGACAGGGACCAUAAGACAGGGACCAGAGGACAAGAACCAGAGGACAGGAACCAGAAGACAGGAACCAGAGGACAGGGACCAGAAGACAGGGACCAGAGGACAGGAACUAGAGGACAGGGACCAGAGGACAGGAACCAGAAGACAGGGACCAGAGGACAGGGACCAGAGGACAAGAACCAGAGGACAGGGACCAGAGGAGAGGGACCAGAGGACAGGGACCAGAGGACAGGGACCAGAGGACAGGGACCAGAAGACAGGGACCAGAGGACAGGGACCAGAGGACAAGAACCAGAGGACAGGAACCAGAGGACAGGAACCAGAGGACAGGAACCAGAGGACAGGGACCAGAGGACAGGAACCAGAAGACAGGAACCAGAAGACAGGGACCAGAGGACAGGAACCAGAGGACAGGAACCAGAGGACAGGGACCAGAGGACAGGAACCAGAAGACAGGAACCAGAAGACAGGAACCAGAAGACAGGAACCAGAGGACAGGGACCAGAAGACAGGGACCAGAGGACAGGAACUAGAGGACAGGGACCAGAGGACAGGAACCAGAAGACAGGAACCAGAGGACAGGAACCAGAGGACAGGGACCAGAGGACAGGAACCAGAGGACAGGGACCAGAGGACAGGGACCAGAGGACAGGAACCAGAAGACAGGGACCAGAGGACAGGAACCAGAGGACAGGGACCAGAGGACAGGAACCAGAAGACAGGAACCAGAAGACAGGAAACAGAAGACAGGAACCAGAGGACAGGAACCAGAGGACAGGGACCAGAAGACAGGGACCAGAGGACAGGGACCAGAGGACAGGGACCAGAAGACAGGGACCAGGACAGGAACCAGAUAACAGGAACCAGAGGACAGGAACCAGAGGACAGGGACCAGAGGACAGGAACCAGAGGACAGGGACCAGAGGACAGGGACCAGAAGACAGGGACCAGAGGACAGGAACCAGAGGACAGGGACCAGAGGACAGGGACCAGAGGACAGGGACCAGAGGACAGGGACCAGAGGACAGGGACCAGAGGACAGGGACCAGAGGACAGGAACCAGAGGACAGGAACCAGAGGACAGGGACCACAAGACAGGGACCAGAACCAGAGGACAGGGACCACAAGACGGGGACCAGAGGACAGGAACCAGAGGACAGGGACCAGAGGACAGGAACCAGAGGACAGGAACCAGAAGACAGGGACCAAAAGACAGGAACCAGAAGACAGGAACCAGAAGACAGGAACCAGAGGACAGGAACCAGAGGACAGGGACCAGAGGACAGGGACCAGAGGACAGGAACCAGAGGACAGGAACCAGAGGACAGGGACCAGAGGACAGGGACCAGAGGACAGGGACCAGAGGACAGGAACCAGAAGACAGGGACCAGAGGACAGCAUAAUAAGUCCUGA